GCGCGACACAACCCUGUGCAAUUGUUGUCAUUGUCUGGUUUUUUUUUAUACAUUUCACUUGAAUUAAUUGCACACAUCACAUACAUACAUACAUUAAACAUUAGUUUUAUUCAUCGUACAGCCAAAGCGUAAUUGACCAACUGUGGAUCUUGAACAGAUCUGAACAGGGCGGCGCAGCAACAGACAAGAGGGAGACAACCAAACAGUAUUAUUAGCCACAAGCAGAUCCAAUGAGUAACUAUAGAUACCAGAAUGAAGGCGGUGGCGGAGUGCGUGGCUACAGCGGCAUUGAGGUGCGCGACAUGCAUCCGCGGAUGAUGCAUCCGCACCACUUCACAUUUGUGAGCACCUGCGUGAAGUAUAUGAUUUUCAUGCUCAACUUCAUCUUUUGGCUGUUCGGUGGCCUGCUGCUGGGCAUCGGUAUCUACGCCUUCAAGGACAAGUGGGAGGAGGCCAAUGGCGGUGUAAGGCUGGAGACCAUCUACGAUGUCGUGCUCAACAUUUCGCUGGUGAUGAUCAUCACGGGCAUUGUCAUAUUUGUGGUCAGCUUUGCUGGCUGCCUUGGUGCGCUCCGCGAAAACACCUGCCUGCUGAAGUUUUACUCCAUGUGCCUGCUCCUCUUCUUUCUCAUGGAAAUGGCCAUUGCCAUCGUUUGCUUCAUCUUUCCCCAACUAAUGAACACAUUCCUGGAGAAGGAGUUCACUGAGACGAUUAUACACUCGUAUCGCGAUGAUCCCGAUCUGCAGAAUUUUGUGGACUUUGCCCAGCAGGAGUUCAAGUGCUGCGGACUGAGCAAUGCCGGCUAUCAGGAUUGGAGCAAGAACGAGUACUUCAACUGCUCCUCACCGUCCGUGGAAAGGUGCGGUGUGCCCUAUAGCUGUUGCAUCAAUGCCACCGACAUCAGUUCGGGUCUAGUCAACAUUAUGUGUGGCUAUGGGGUGCAGGAGCACACUGUGGUGGCCGCCAGCAAGCGCAUUUGGACCAGCGGAUGCAUCGAAAUCGUGCGCGUCUGGGCCGAGCGCAACCUUUAUGUGAUUGCUGGCAUUGCCCUGGGCAUUGCGCUCAUCCAACUGCUUGUCAUCUAUCUGGCCAAGACACUGGAGGGUCAAAUCGAGUUGCAGAAGUCGCGUUGGGCGGCGUGAGAUCCGUAUCAGCCCGACUUUUUCGGGUACUACGACAACACUUGAGUGUACGACGCUGCCUGGCCGUUGGCACGUGCAAUAUCAUUUGUUAGCAAAAUUUUGAGUCUCCCAUUUAUGAAUCUGGUGCAUAUUCUUAGCCCCCGGACAUGUAUAUAUGUAUACGAACGAAACACACACAAUUGCGAACAAAAUCCAUACUCAUCCCCGCUCGGACCAAACAACGCCAUAUUAUGUCUGGUCUGUCUGUGUAUUUGCAGAUCCGAAAUCUCUGAUUUUCGUAUUGUAUUGUAGAAUCCGUCAUGUGUUCAAGCCCCCUACAUAACACUCAUAAUAUACUCGAGUGCAAAAGCACAAGAUUUUGCACAUCAUUCCACUGUAUCGUACGCAUCCUUCACACGUCAUGUGGGGAUGUGCGGACUGUGGACGAGAGGCAUUUAUUUAACAGCGAUCCAAUUGCAUUUCUAGUGGAAAACAGCACACAAUCCGUUUAUACAAUAUUAUUAUAACAAUUUAUACACAACUGUACCACAUACACAUAAUCUAUAAUUCAUAGAAGAGUAGUUUUAAUACAAUAAAAUACAAAACAAACA